AUGCCCACUACCACUAGAAUCAUCUCUGACACUCGGAGGCCAGAUAAAGUAAAGAAAGUCAAAGCUGGAAACACACCCACAGAGAAGACCCCGGUCUAUGAGCCAAAUAUCCCUGAACCCAAAUGCCGAGCUGAUCUCAUCAAAUACUGGAUCGACCUCUCCUUUGAUGACAAAACAGCCAAUAAGAUGCUGUGGAUAACAGAAAGUGGUAGUAAGGUGGCCCGUAUGACUGAUGAGAUCACUUGUCCUGUCUUGGAUAGACCAGAGAGAUAUGAGUAUGCUCCUCAGGUGCUUUGCAAGGAAGGUAUCCUGGGCUUCCGAGGCUACUGGGAGGUGGAGUUUUCAGGAUGGGUCGUGGCUGGGGUGGCAUACGAAGGAGCAGGAAGGAGGAACAGCGAUGGACCAUGUGGCCUAGGAGAGAACGAGGAAUCCUGGGGUUUCGGCUGGAGUGGUUCAAACUAUUAUGCCUGGCACAAGGGUCAGAGUUUUGAGAUCAUGGGUAUUCCUAAGUCCUCUAUAAUGGGCAUAUACCUCGACCAACCAGCUGGUAUACUUAAUUUCUAUGCUGUGGAGGAAGUGAAGAAGGGAGAGGAGAGCACAGGAGUAAAGGAAGUUAAACUUUUGCAACAGGUUAAGAGUUCGUUUAAAGAGAAAAUAAUUCCAGGUUUCUGGGUGGGGACAAAGUCCCACUGUUUGAUCCUAAAGAAUGAGGAAUAA